AAAAAAAAAAAAAUUACAAUGAUUGAUUUGUACUACAUAUCAUAUAGUCCACCAUCUCGUGCAGUGAUGAUGCUGGCAAAAGCAUUGGAUGUUGAACUUAAUUUAAAAGAAGUUGAUGUUUUAAAUGGUGAACAACAUGAACCAGAUUUUAUCAAGAUAAAUCCACAGCAUACUGUUCCAGCAAUAGUUGAUGGUAGUUUUAUUAUAUCAGAGAGCCGAGCAAUUAUGGCUUAUUUGGCAACAAAAUAUGCCAAAGAUGACAAGUAUUAUCCAAUAGAUCCAAGACGAAAAGGAAUUGUAGAUCAUCGUUUGUAUUUUGACAUUGGAACAUUGUGGAAAAGAAUGAAUGAUUGUUAUUUUCCUGUAACAAUUAAAAUAGCUAAUAGUGUACCUGAAGAAAAACUUGCUGAACUUGAAAAAGCAUUUGAAAUAUUAAAUGUAUAUUUAGAAAAUCAAGACUAUGUUGCUGGUGAAAUUUUAACUAUUGCUGAUUUUUCAAUAUGUAUGAGUGUUACAAUGGCUGAGGAAUGGGGAUUUGAUAUAACUCGUUAUGAAAACGUUACUGGAUGGUUUGAACGUUGUAAAGAAGCUCUUCAAGAGUUUGAUUAUGAUGAAUUUAUUGCACCAGCUAAAAUGCUUGGUGAUAUGUUUCGAGAAAAUCUUGAAGCUGCAGACUAAAAAAUAUAUAUUCUCUUGUUGUUAAUCAAUAAUUUAUCAUCUUGAAGAUUGCUUUGCCAAGCUUUUCAUAAUACAAAUUUUAAAAAAUUAACAAAUUUUGAUUGUUUAAAGCAUGCUUAAAUAUUUAAAAACAAAAUUAUUCUUUUUUAAAUUAAAAUUUUAAAUCAAUUGAUUAUAUAAUAGUUUAAAUAUAUAUUUAUUUAUCAUUAAUAUAAUUUCAAGUACCAUAAAUAUCAGCACCUUGAUAAAUAUCAUGAUUCAUAAAUUAAAUUAUGUCAUUGACAACAUUUAAAAUAUAAACUGUAAAUAAAUGAUUUUAUUUUGCCAAAUCAAUAAAAAAAAAAAAUAGUAAAACCUCGAUAAAUGUCAUGGACUGUUGGAUUAUAUAAAUACCAGCUCAUUGUUUGAAUUAAUGAUUGUCAUGACAACAACAGUCUUUAUGCGCAUGUAAAAAGUUUAUUGUAAUUUCAAAAUAAUAUCAAUUCACAGUACAUAUUUAUCUUCAUGUAUUCAUAGACAAUAUAAAAUAACAGCUUGAAAAAAAUAGAAUAAUUGACACUAUUAAUACUGCAAUAA